ACAGGGGAGAGCAUGUAAGUGUUUAUUGACUACUAUAUCCGUAACCAAUCUAAUACUCUCUGUAUACAAACGUCUAAUGCUAACUUAUCAGUAUACCAAACACACAGAUGUUAAUAACUUGUUUAACUGAGGUUAAAUAUACAUACUAUCAGCUGAUCUGUGACUCCGUCCAUUGUUCGGAUGUUGUGACUAUUAAACCUGUUCAUUUGUGAGGCUACAUUAUUUUAUUUUGACAAUUGAUGCUGAAAUCGCACAAUGGAUUUAAGAAAGGCUAGAAUGAUAUACAAUCGCCUGAAGACAGAAAUGCAUAAUGCAUAUUACACAAAGACAAUGGUCGACAAUCUGGAAAAUUUCAGAACGGAGGCUUCAACACAUCUGCUUGGCCCUGGUCUAUACCAAUAUCAAUCUUUCCUCGAGAUAUGUCAGAAUUUAGAAGGAAAGGGAGUAAUUGGCUGGGAUAAACUAGGAACUCUUAAAGACCUAGUACAAACAACAAGUGGAGGAGAGACACAUCUGCUUGAAAUGAUCAACAAAGCUGAGAAUGACAUUCAGGGUUUAUCAGGAAAUAUCCAGCAAACGCGAGUAGUCGUUCCCGUACAAGACACACCCGAAGAUACCGUAUCAGGUCCUGCAGGAAACUUCCAUAAGACGAAUAGUUCAGCAUUACCAUACAAUGAUAUUCAGAUUAUUGGCAAAUAUGACCUAGACAAGUAUGUUGGACUUAUCCAAAUAACUGGUCGCCUGGAGGAUUCUGGAACAGGAUUUCGUGUUGGAGAAAAAUACCUCAUGACUGCCUAUCAUGUCUUUAAACGUACUAUAGACCAAGUCUGGGAACGGGCAAUACAAAAGGUUAAACACAGUCAGAGGAAGGGAGAACUAUACCGGGAAAUCGAAAGUUUGUUCAACAUUAGUGAAGAUGAAAUUACUCCGCUCAACAUCAAACCUAAGAAACAACCUCUGCCAUUUGGAAAGCUGUUUGAGCAAUUUAGAAGACAGGACAAUGGAAUCAAUGUAGAAGUGUUCGAGACAUUGCUUAAAGAAAGUAUAAGUGUGAAAUUCGGAUUUAAAGAUGGCAAACCUACUGCUGGGGAAUUUCAUUUCGAAUACGACAUCCCGUUUGCUGAUGCAGAUCACGACGUCCUGGUUCUUCAAAUUAGCGAAGGAGAGAACACUCUUCCACCUCCACUGCCACUAGAGGAGGAAUUUGUUACGAGCUCUGUACAUCUGUUUGGGUAUCCUCAAGGAUUCAUGAAAUUACUCUCCGACAUCAAAUGCAGCAUAUAUGUUGACAACAACGAGCUUCAAAAAGAUGUCACCAAGGCCAUAGAAUGGUGGAAAGGUGAAGGCCACUCAUUUGAAAACCAUUACGCUGUUUGUCGAUAUGCCGAUGAUAAAAGAUACACAGACACUGGCAAGAUGUUUCUCCAAACAUCAAAACAGUUUGAACACAAUUCUUCUGGAUCUCCGGUCGUAGCCAUUAUCAACGACAGACCCGUGGUACAAUUGAUGUACUUGAGAGGCUAUCCUGAGUUCUGCUACUCCAAGGAGAACUCCCUCCCACCACCACCGCCACAGUACCUGUUUGAGGCAGGUGUCGCCAUGCCGGUUGUAACACAGCUUCUGCGGGAGUGUUGUCCAAACAUCAUGGGGAAAUAGUUCUAAAUACAAUGAAAUCAUCAAAUGUGACAUUCAGCGUUUUUGCUACAUUCAUGAAUAAGAUAUCAAAGAUGGACUAUGGUCACACCAUUGAUCAGGGUACAGAGUACAAUGUCAUCAAUGUGUGUACAAUAUUUACAUUUUCUCCCUUUGAAAUAUAUAGAUGUAAAAAAAGUAAUUUUUAAUUAUUAUUUCUUUAGAUUUAUAAUUAGAUUCGUGCACACACCUUGAACUUGUUCGAUCCUAUCACGGAGAGAGAUGUCGAUAGUUAAUUUAAUUUUAAUCAAUUUUUGCAUGUUCAGCAAUAAUUAAUCUGUCGUUGUGUGGUGUUGAUUUCAGCGAAAGUUUCGCGAUUGUCUCAAGCUAAGGGACAUUAACGACGCGAGUGGAGAUGAAUGAUAGUUGUUUACGUUUUCGCUGUUAAAAACAGCGAACCUGUGACGGUCUCGCAUAUACUGUAACUUCAAAAGUAAUCAGAUUAAGAUGUUAUUGUAUUCAGUAAUAUUCUAACAUGUUGUUUUUGGAAGUAUACACUUGUUGGUUGCUGUGAAACGUGUAUUUGUUUUCAUAGGUCUUGAAGGGAGGGCGGUAUGAGGGAGAGCCCUCGUUACUGGCGACGGCGAAUAUGGAGCACAUUCCUUUGACUACUGUUGUAGAAAUCAUACUGUGUCUGUGUAAUAACUAUGUUUAAAAUGUUCUGAAUGUAAAAGAAACAGGGGGUUACAGAGAUAUAUGAAAUAAAUUCUCGUAAAAACUCGGUUGUCUAUCUUCGCCGAAAAUCUUUGGAUAUUGACCCGAAAUUGACUUUAAAUAUUUUAAAUGGGAAUGUAACAAAGACAAAUUUGCAAUCAUAUCCUCACCUUGUAAAUUUUGAAUUUUUAAAGUCUUCUAACACCUGCUGGUCUUAUUCUCCCUGAAAUUUUUAAGAGUCUCAAUAGAAUCGAUAAAGUAUAUUUUGGUGAUAUUUUCCCCUCUUUUAUCAGUUUUAUUUAGGCGUUCUGUGUUGUUGCUUUUUGUUUCGUUAUAAGAUUAACCAAUCUUGUAUAAUAUUAUUGCAUACGAUAUGUGUUUAUAGUAAGUAUAUUUGAUAUGCUAUUUUGGUAACAUGUUCUACGACUAUAGUAGCUUUGUCUUAAUGUUGCUUACAUCAUAUCUUAAUAUUUACAAUGAUUGUAAUGUAAUUAUGGAAUUUAUGUAAAACUAGUUUAGGAGAGACGGAUUUAUGAAAGCUUGUAUGUAUUACUGCAAAUACUGUCAAACCAAUAAGAAAUAAAAACUUAUUUUCAGAUUUAA